AUGGCGGUCAUAGAAACCAUGGAAUCCAAGGGAAUUGUGGUAGCUAUAACAACCAUAGUUAUAAUGGUCAAAGUCAUGGCCAAGGAUAUGGGGACUAUAACCAAGGUUAUGGUUAGUUAUAAUGGUCAAAUUCAUGGCCAAGGAUAUGGGGACUAUAACCAAGGUUAUGGUAACCAUAAUCACGAUAGUGACCAAAAUCAAUGUAGAGAGCAUAGUGAUAAUUUGUAUGAUCAAUCAUUUUCCUCUAGGAGUUUCUUGGAAGGUGUCAUAGAGAAGCAAGCAAAAUUGUUGGACAUCUACAUGAACCUAAGCAAUGAGAAAUUCAAUGACAUGUUAACUUACCAUAAGCGGUUGGAGAUCAUAAUUUCUCAAUUGGCUAGUGAGUUUAAGGAAUUUAUAAAUCAUUCUUCUUUGACUUCACUAAGCUUAGAUCCUAAGAGCCCUAUGAAUGCGAUUGUGACUAGAAGUGGUAGGGUCCUUAAAAGUGAAAUCUCUAAGAAGAGUGAUGCUAAAGAUAGUCCUAGCAAUGGUCAAAUUGAGAAUGAGGAAGAUGAGAGUACUCUAGUUAAGGAAGUCAAUAAGGAACAAGUUGAGAAGGUGAAAGAGAGAGAAGGAGAAGUUUACAAGCCUAAGCUCCCUUACCACCAAAAGUUUAAUAGGCACAAGUUCGACGAGCAAUUUGGGAAAUUUAUAGAGAUGCUUAGACAAUUUCAUCUUACUCUUCCUUUUACCGAUGUGAUAGAACAAAUGCCAAAUUAUGCAAAGUUCCUUAAGGAGAUUUUGAGAAGAAAAAGAACAUGUGAUGUGGCGGAAACGAUUAACUUGACCAAGAAUUAUAGAGCUAGUUUUAGCAUUAUGACAUACUCGGUAUAUCUAAGACUACAUAAGGGAAAACUUUUACCUACCAACAUUACCUUGCAAUUAGGCGAUAGAUCAAUUAUGAUCCCAAGGGGCAAGGUAGAGGAUGUUCCCUUAAGGGUAGGAAAGUUCAUCAUUCUGGUAGAUUUUGUAGUCCUUGACAUAGAUGAGGAUUCUACAAUUCCUAUUAUUCUUGGUAGACCAUUUCUUGCUAAUUCGGAUGCUUUAAUUGAUGUCAAAAGUGCUAAGAUCUCACUUAAAUUGGAGAUGAGGGAGUUGAAUUUUAUUUGA